AUGUCAGCUAUACACCCUGUACAGGAGUUCCGGGAUGAGCUGAUUUGUCCCAUCUGCCUGGGGUCCUUUAAAGACCCAGUGAUUCUAGACUGUGGGCACAAUUUCUGCCAAGCCUGUAUCACCGACUGCUGUGAGGCGGGCACAGGAGUUUGCCCCCAGUGCAGGAAAUCUUUUCUCAAGGGAGAGCUGAGGCCUAACAGGCAGCUGGAGGAGGUGGUGAACAUAGCGAGAGGCCUAGACAGAGAAUGCGAGAAACAUGGAGAAAGUUUCAGUCUCUUCUGCAAAGAGGACCGGACCCUCCUCUGCAAGGUUUGCAGAGUGUCUCGAGAACGCAAAGUUCACACAGUCAUUCCCAUCGAGGCAGCUGCAGAGGAGGUUAAGACGCAACUUCUGAGUCAUCGGAAUCAUGUUCAGCGUGUGAGAGAGGAGCGAGGGAGACAGGUAGCUGCUGAGGAAGGGAAAUAUCAAACUCUACUGAAACAGGCAGAACUCCAGAAGCAGGAGAUUGUGUCUGAAUUCAAGCAAGCGCACCAGAUUUUGAAGCAGGGAGAGCAACUCAUGCGUAACUGCCUGGAAGGCACAAUACAGGAUCUUGGGAAGAUGAGGAAUAAAAAUACUAAGGGGCUAUUACUUCUCGAUAAUUGGAUAGCUGAACUAAAUCAGAAGUGCCAGCAGCCAGGGAUUGAACUUCUCAAGGACAUUGACAGCGCCUUAAGCAGGUGUGAGCAGGUGAAAGGUGAAGAGGAGGCGCCUGUUGAUUCUUUGACUGAACUGGAGAGCAGAGUGCAGGCUCUCUGGGAAAGCCAGAAAGUUUUACGUGAUCUGCUGAAGAAUUUCAGAGUGGAAUUAGCUCCAGAAUUGGGUCCUCUUGAAAACAUCUCGUCUGAGGUUCAGAGACAAGUGAGUGGUGAAGACCCAACGGAGGAUGUUCCCGAGAACCUUAAACAAGAGGACACUUCUGUUUGCCUGCUGAACUGUGAGGAUGGCAAACACAGUUCAGACAGCUAUCAGAAGCAAGAAGUUGUCCCUACUGACAGACAGAAUAAUUUAACUUACUUGAUAAACGUUGAGCCAGAGGAAGCCACAGGUCAUUGGUUUGACUCCGAGUGCAGGAGACGUGGUGCAUGGAAAGUCAUAGCUGUUGUCACAGUUCUACUUGCAGUUCUCCUUAUCCCAGUGAUUGUUUGUUCAGUGUCAAAGGACAGUCUGACUCUUCCCGACAGCCCUGCCGCCUGCUGCCCUGAAGACUGGACUGGUUACCAAGGAAAAUGUUACUUUUUCUCUGAGGAUAAAGCAAACUGGACCACGAGCCAACGUUCCUGCUCUUCCCACGGUGCCUCCUUGGCUUGGCUUGACACCCUGAAAGAAAAGGAUUUCUUGAUGCAACACAAAGGCUACCUUGAUGCCUGGAUCGGCCUCAGGAGGGAACCAGGCCAGCCCUGGAAGUGGCCCAAUGGCUCAGUAUUCAACGACCUGGUUCAAAUAGGAGGAGGAGGAGAAGGAGAAUGUGCCUAUAUAUAUGGAAUCACUGCCCGCAGUUCAGGGUGCUACACAAAGAGGAACUGGAUCUGUAGCAAGCUGGAUGAAUUUGCAAAGAGAAAGAUUACAGAGGCCUUGUCUACACACAAAAUUAAGUCAAUUUAAGUGACACUGAU